AUGGAGACUACAUUCGUAACUGAAGAAUUAACUAAAGAGACUACACAAUCUCAAACGGCAGAGACGACUUUACCGACCGAUUUUAGUACAGAAUACGGACCAACUACCGAUUUCACUACAGAAUCCUCUACAUUAAAUGCGGAUUGGACUAAUCAAACUCCUACUACUGAAUCGGAAACGGGAGAAGUAAUCGUUCUGACAUCUCAUACAAUGAAAGAGGGGGUGACCGAAACUGUCGUCAUAGAGAUUCAGGAACAGUUGGAUCAUCCUCUUGCUUCUAUAGGACAUUUAGGGGAUGUUCCUACAGGAUUAGUCAGACCACGCGAUGUCACCAGAGUUAUAGAUAUAAUUGCCGACUGUUUUACUGACCAUAUGAUGAUUCAUAUUAAAUUCAACGGAUCGUUUCGAGGUUUAAUAUAUACUACUGGAUAUUCUCACGAUCCAGAAUGUGUAUACGUUAAUGGCUCUGGACAAUCGGAAUAUCAAUUCAUGAUUAGACACAACAAAUGCGGUACCUUAGGUAGAAGAGAGAUAGAAGACGAACAACCCCCAGGAAAUCAGCAAGUGUGGAACACUAUCACAGUUCAGUAUAAUCACGACAUAGAAGAAGAAUGGGAUGAACAUUUUCGUGUCAUGUGUCAAUUCGGAUAUGAUCUUUGGAAAACCGUCACCUUUCCUGUUGUUAAUGUCCACGUCAACACUGGAAGUCCAGUGAUAUUUACUGUUUCACCUCCCCAGUGCCAUAUGGAAAUCCGACAUGGAUUCGGGACCACUGGUGAUCUUAUAUCUGGUCCAGUUAAUGUAGGAGAUCCUCUCACUCUGCUAAUUCAUAUGAAAAGCGAUAACAGCGAUUUUGAUAUGAUUGUUAGUGAUUGCUUCGCUCAUAACGGUGGACAAAAACGUCUUCAACUUACAGACGAAAAUGGAUGUGUUCUGAAAGAAAAACUAAUCAGUAGUUUUCGAGGACUAACAAGAAGCGAGGGACCUCAUUUUGUUUCUCUUUACGCUUAUCUUAAAGCAUUUAGAUUUACUGCCAGUCCAGCACUUUACUUAGAAUGCAAAGUCCACAUGUGUCAAGGAAGUUGCUCGAAUCAAGCUUGUCACUGGAAGAAUGUGACGAAACGUUCUCUGUAUGAAAGACUGGUGACGAAAUCACCGGAACCUAUCAUAGCCGAAAAUGUUAGCUUGUUCCAAGCUUUAGAAGUUCGUCAAGAUACUAAAGAAACAUCAAAAACACACGAAGAACAUUUAAAUGAUAUUCCGAAAAAUGAUUUAUUCUGUUUGAAAACUGGUGGAUUUGCGGCCAUCUUUUCUGUUCUGUUGACAUUAUUGACGACCACAACAGUCACGACUAUUUGUUUGGGGAUAAGAGUGAGGAAAGUAAAGAGUAUAGAAACCGUCCCAUCAGUCGUCAGCUACAAUAGUACAAGACCUUCUAUCAAAAUGUUAUGA